UUUAACCUUUGUCAUCGUGAUCAAACUUAGUUUAGAAAUGGCCGGUGUACGUUGUAGAAAAACGUUCUGGAAAUACGUUCGGUAUUUUUGUAGUGAAACUACCAUUCACGGAUUGAAUAUAGUCGGAAUGCCCGAUUUGCACCCUGUAGAAAGAAUAUUUUGGUUGGUAAUGGUUAGUUUUGCGGCUGCCGGUGCUAUAUCACUUACAAUAUCAAAUUGGAAUAGAUUUUCAGCGAAUCCUACUGUUGUUUCGAUCGAAAAAGAUUAUCGGAAUUGGGAAAAUUACAUACCAGCGGUUACAGGGUGUUUCAAUGAUAAAGUCGAUAUAAAAAAAGCAGAAAAAUAUAUUCUCGAAAAAUGGAAAAUCAAAUUAGGUCAUCCUAAAUAUGAUCAUUAUAUGGAUUUUAUAAAACUGGUAGCUAAUUUAUCUUACGAAAAUUUGAACUAUUUUGAAAAAUUUAAAAACGACGUCGAUUUACAUAACGUUGAUAUGGCCCAAUUGACUUUCGAUGUCCACCCGGAUAUAACCGGUUCUUUAGUCACUGUAGAUAAAACACGUAAAUUCAAAUGGAACGUAAUUUUAAUUGAACUUGGAAUUUGCUUCACGUUUUUUUCUAAACUCUCCCAAGUAUUUACAAUCAAAAAUAGAGAAUAUCUAAAUGAAGCUGAAAAUAUAGGCAAUAAUUUAUUAAAAUGUCAUUAUUUAAAUGGAUUGUGCUACGCUAGAUUUGAUUCCGAUCCAACAUUACCUAUAAAAUAUUAUGUUCAUUCGUAUAUGGAAGUACCAGAUAUUUCUACACGACAAUAUCAUGAAUUAGGUAAAGGAUGGGAUAUGGAAAUCAAUUAUAGAAUGGUUGAAACUUUAACAUCUCCAAAUAUAAAGUAUUUAACACCUAAACAAAGGAAAUGCAGGUUCAAUGACGAACCGACUCUUAAAAAUUUUUUUAACUACAGCAUCGGUCUUUGUCAAAUGGCAUGUCGAUAUAAAUUAGCAAUGACAUUUUGUGGAUGCAAACCAUACUUCUAUCAAAUAUUUGAAGGAACUUCAUGUAAUGUCUCAGGUUUACUUUGCUUAGCACAAUAUUCUAAAAAUUUUGCUAAAACUCCACUAGAAUUGAAUUGUAAAUGCCCGGAAACGUGUCAUCUCAUAAACUAUAUACCAGAUACUCCAAAAGUAACAAUUUGGCAAAGUGGUGUAUUUUUCGAUCAAAGAACUACGUUUAGAUGGGGUUUAUUGCAUCCUACCACGAAAUAUCUACGAGAUAUUCUAUUCGGAUUCGGAGAUUUAAUAGUGUCAUUUGGAGGAACUUUGAAUCUAUUUUUAGGCAUAAGUUUUAUAAGCAUUAUAGAAUCGAUUUUUCUAAUAUGCGAAAGUAUAAUUAUCGCUUUUCAAACGAAACCGAAAAGAAAAAAUCACAAAAAAAUAUCAAGGAACGUAAACAAUAUCAAAAUAUUUCCACUUAUUGAUAAUUUCUAUAAUUAAUAACAAUAAAAAUUGUUUUUAA